AUGGCCUGGUGGAACCACACAGUGAUAACGGAGCUCAUGUUCUUGGCCUUCCCCAGCCGCCCAGAGCUGCAGGCCUUGUUUUUCCUGGGCAUCACCAUCAUCUAUGCAGCCAUAGUGACGGGGAACCUGCUCAUCCUGGCAGCCAUCCAGGGAGACUCCCGCCUGCACACCCCCAUGUACUUUUUCCUGGGAGCCCUCUCUGUUGUUGAGCUCAGCUACACAGCAGCUGUUGUCCCACAAAUGUUGGCAAGCUCCCUGCAGACCAGGAAGACCAUUAGCUUUGGGGCAUGUGGGGCACAGAUGUUCUUCUUCAUUGGUCUGGGAGGUGCUGACUGCUUCCUGCUGGCUGUCAUGGCCUAUGACCGUUAUGUGGCCAUCCGGCACCCAUUGCACUACACCCUCAUCAUGACUUGGCAGCUCUCCCUGUGCCUGGUGGUGGCCUCGCUGCUGGUCGGUUUCCUCCUUGCCCUGGAUCUAGUGGUGCUGAUCUUCAGCUUGCCCUUCUGUGGGGCCCAUGGCAUUCAGCACUUCUUCUGUGAUGUGCCACCCCUGCUAUGGCUCGUCUGUGCCAAGACUGAGACCCAUGAAAUAGCUGUCUUCCUGGCUGGAACAGCAGCCAUCUUGGUGCCCUUCGUGUUGAUCUGUGCUUCCUACAUUUUCAUCGCAGGUGCAGUGCUGCAGAUUCGCUCAACCCGGGGCCGGCGCCGGGCCUUUUCCACCUGUUCCUCCCACUUGGUGGUGGUGGUGCUUCAGUAUGGCUGCUGUGGCUUUGUGUACCUGCGCCCCAGCUCCAGCUUCUCUCCAGAGCAAGAUCAACUGCUAUCGCUAGUGUACACCCUGGGCACACCCAUUCUAAACCCCAUCAUCUAUACCCUGAGGAAUGGAGAGGUGAAGGGAGCCCUGAGAAAAGCCCUCUGGAAGCCUGUGUCCUUAGGGGUGUCUGAAUCCCACUGAUCGGUGGCGGAGUCUACCAGCCAUCACCUUGCCCAGUGAAUCCACCUUAUUCUUCUCAUGGCACAAGUCACUUCAGUCAUAAGGGAUGAAAGGCCCAUUCAGUCCCAGGCCUCUCAGACAUGAUUGCAUGUAAGGAAAGCUCAAAAGUGGGAGCUACAGAAAUCCAGGUUUACAUUCUCAUGUACGUUCUGUACCAAGGAUCUGUAGUCUUCAGAAGACCAGCAAUGUUCUGACAACUUUCUCUGAUACUCCAUACAGGAAUUUAUUGCAUUAGAGGGGACAAUGAAUAAUAAAACCAGUCCUGUGCUUCCAUGUCAUUCAGUCUUAUAUUCAGUGACGUUUACUUUGUACUGUUUUAACAUUUUAAUUCUUAUUGUGUUUCCAAAUUUUGUACUGAAAAUGCUUCCAAAGUAGAGCUGUGAGAAUAAGAGAUUUUGGGAGGUUACUGGUAGUUGUGAAAUGUUGGGAGGUUACUGGUAGUA